UCUUCCAUUUCAUUUUCAACCUUAAAAACAAAGAAAGAAAUAAAAUAAAAUAAAAAAUGAGUUCAAGGUCCGAAUCCGUUUGCGUUACCGGAGCUUCAGGUUUCAUAGGAUCAUGGCUUGUGAUGAGGCUAAUGGAGCGUGGCUACACGGUUCGAGCCACCGUACGCGACCCAGCAAACAUGAAGAAGGUGAAGCAUUUGGUGGAACUUCCAGGUGCAAAGACGAAACUGUCUCUGUGGAAAGCUGACCUUGGUGAAGAGGGAAGCUUUGACGAAGCCAUUAAAGGCUGCACAGGAGUUUUCCACGUUGCAACCCCCAUGGAUUUUGAAUCCAAGGACCCUGAGAACGAAGUGAUAAAGCCGACAAUAAAGGGGUUACUCGAUAUCAUGAAAGCAUGCGUGAAGGCCAAAAGUGUGCGAAGAAUUGUCUUCACAUCCUCAGCUGGAACUGUUGAUGUUGCUGAGCAACCAAAGCCUGUUUAUGAUGAGAACUGUUGGAGUGAUGUUGAGUUCUGCAGAAGGGUCAAAAUGACUGGUUGGAUGUAUUUUGUUUCAAAGACCCUGGCGGAGAAAGAAGCUUGGAAAUUCGCCAAAGAACAUAACAUAGACUUUGUCUCCAUCAUUCCACCUCUUGUCGUUGGUCCCUUUCUUAUGCCAACAAUGCCANGUGACGUGCAAGAAGUAAAAAUGUUGAUGCGUAUGAAGAAUGUCAGUUGGGACACUCCUCCUUAG